CAAGGCCCAAGAGCCCGAAACAAGGAAGUGGAACAUUGUACGAAAUUUCAACGAUCCCAAAACUUUUACUUCCUAGAUCUAGAAAAUCUAGAUAUCUAGAUUGUUCAGACUUGCAAACUGUUUGCGUUCUUUCUUCGUAACCAACCAUGUCAACAGAUACGGAGAAAAAGUGGAAAGACAAGUGCCAUGAGUUGGAGCAAAUUAUUAAGACACUCUCAACCCACUGCUUCAAAGUUGUGGAAAAACACGAGGAGCUCUUGGUAAACUACAAGAAGAAUCAAACUCAAUAUGAAGAACUGGUUACCAAGUAUAAGGACAGAGGGGAACAAAUUAAGAAAGCAAAAGAUGUUCUGGGCCCUGUCUCCAUGGAAUACAAAGCUCUACGGGAGAAAUAUGAAUCGGCAAUCAGGUGCCAGUAUGAGGCAGAGAAUUAUGCGACCAAGAUUAAUUCUCGGAACAAGGUCUUGAAACGUCAGAGCCAGAUGUUGCUUGACAAGAUGACAGGGCCAAGUCUUGUGGACAUCAACAUUGAUGAUGAUGCUACAGAGAGUGCUGAAGAGAAUGAGUACAUUAAAAAGCUGAAUCAACAAAUCUUUGAACUGGAAGAUGUCAAAAGUUCUCUAAGUGUUCAGAUGAAAGAACUCAAUGAAGAUUAUCAUAAUGAGAAGGCGCAGACUGCCCAACUUAGAGCAAAGAUUGAGGUUUACAAACAAGAACUUCAGCAAACAAAAGUUGCUCUGGGACGUCAAGAGAAAACUCUGCAAUUGUUGGCUCAAACUUCAGAGGCUGCCGUCGAAGAACAUGCAUCACUACAGGACCAUUUUGAGAAGGAAAUAUUAGAGAGAAAUACAGCUCUGAAAUUAGCACAGAAUUUGUAUGCAGAGCGAGAGGCAGCCCGGCGCCAGAGUGCUAUGUUGAUGGCCCCAGUGGCAGGGGAUAAGAGGCUCAUGGAAGCGCUGAUCCAGGUGGAAGAACUUACAACCAGUCUGGAAAAACUCAAAGCCGAGUCAGAACAACAGGUUAAUGCUCUGAAAGAAGAGCUGACAGCUGUAAAAGGGGAGGCCAGUCUGCAGGAGUUGGAAGCAGAGAAUGCACAACUGACCACAGAAUGUGACUCCUUGCAACAAAGACUUGUGACAGCAGAAAAAUCCACUGAAGAACUGCACUCUCAGUACUCAUCUCUCCUAGAUAAAUAUGCUGACUUGGAGAAAAAAUACGAAACGGCCUUGACAGCCCCACCACCACCCCCUCCCCCUCCUCCACCCCCCCUGCCAACAGCUAAAACUGGCGGGUUCCUCUCCAAGAUUACUGGACGGAAGAAGCAGAAAGAGCUGGUCCAAAAACGAUUGGGUCUUGGAGGAGCAGAAGUCAAUGCAAACUAUACAGCAGCUGUGGAUGACAUGAUGAAGAGGAUCAAAGAUGGCAACAUAGCUCUCAGGCCUGUUUUAAAGAAAAGAACGGAUUCAAGGAAAUUCUCUCUGCCUGAGGGAAUUAUUGGAGAGAAAUCUUGUCCUGAAGAUGAGGACAGUAGUGCUAUGCAAGAACUGCAGGGAAUUUUGUCCAAGAUGAAGAAAGCUCGAAGUGAAGAUGACCUCUCUGCUUUUGAUGAUGACCGCACAAUAGACGCAAAUUCUGAGUUGGGACAGGUAUUCAAGAAAAUACAAGGGAAGCAAGAGGGAAAUCGUCCUCGCCCUGCUCCUCGCAAGCUGUCUACUAUCAAGGACACCGCUGAGGAAGACUGAGGAAAUGUUCAUUCAACUAACAGAAAGUGAUGUGGAGAGAAACUGAACUGUUCUGCUAUGUUGGGAGAGGAUUUUUUGUAACAUUCUUUUGCUGUCUAGAAGUAUUUUACACAUUUCAUUUUCUUUUCCUUCAAUAGGGCCUAUCUAGCCUCUAUCUGAUCUUUGUUUGCACUGCUUUAUUUUUAUUAGAAUUCUAACAGACUUCACUUAUAUGUUCAACUACUUUCUUUCAAGUAAACAAAUGAAAAUUAUGAAUUAACUCACUGGAGACGGUGCACGCAACAUUUGCGAGCACCAAUAUUUCCCCGAGAGGCGGUUCAGGCACCCCCUGCGAACACAAGUUUCACGUUUUCUCCUCGACAAAGUACGCGCGCGAAUGCUGGGUGAACGCUCUCUUAUGGUGCAGCCGACCUUUGUUUUGUUUCAUGCGAAGUUUCACCGGAAUUAGCUGAAACGUUUUGAGUUAUCGACCCGUGAGGAAAGUUAGUCACACAGAGACCCUACUUUCGUCUCUCUGACUGGUGUCUGUUCUUGCAACACUUUGUCAGUACGAUGGCACCACGUUUAGUUUUAGUAAGUUUUACGGCAGUUGCAACACAAUAAGGUCGAAAAUUAGGUGUUACAAGAGAGUAACAAACACAAAAAAAGAAGGAAGAGAGAUCAGGACGAUAGAUCUUUGAUAGGAAAGAAGGAGCAACCCACACCAGAUCACCUGCCAACCACCCACUAGGUAGCAAGAAAAGCUUCAAGUGUUUGCACGACUUUGGCAGUUCAGAAAAUUCUGAUUAUGAUAUUUUAGGCCAUGGGGAUCCUGAUUUCAAUGUAAAUGAGCAUCAAAGCACCGAUUCUGAUAGCGAAUGUUCUAGAUCAAGACUAGGCAAAAUUCCGCUUUGUCUGGAGCCCUGUUUUUUUUCCCACUGAAGUGGAUUAGACAGCUAAUACAUAAGGAUUACCAUAUCGAUUACCUGCCUGUUCAUGAGUUUGGACUUUUGAUUCAUUUUAAAACACAAAACACAAUAAAAGACACACACAAGAUUAAUUUUUGGGGGUUUUGUUGGGUUUUUUUAACAUAUGACAUGACGUCAAAAAAUGUUGGCGAGCAACAAAUUUUUGCACAUUUUAAAAAAAAAUAACCAAAAAACUUUAAAAGAUAUCGCCUUUCUGUUUUUUGUGUCAUAUUGGGCAUGUUUAGAUCUGUUAUGUGUGUAAAAAUGGUGGUUGUAUGUCUUUGGGAAGGGUGUUGUUUGAAAUAUUGAAAUACCCCCCAAAACGCCAGUCUUCAGCGUAUGUAGACCCAAAAAAGGCCCAGUCUUCAGUGAGUUGAGAAGUCAUAAACUUUUGUUAUGUUAGCUCUGCCUUACCUAACUGGUCCAUGAGUUUCUAGCAGCGGCAUAAAAGCAAAAGUUAACUUAGUACUUGCUCUAAAAAAAGAAGAACAAAAUCAGUGAACGCAAUGUUGAUGCAAGAGAAAAAGGCCUUUGACAAGGGAGGGAUGGUGGACAACAAGGUCAUCUAAACUUAUGAGCAAUGAAUAUAAAAUGUGAUUUGGCCAUUGAAAUACAACUUUGUUUUGUGAUGUUUUGAUAAAUAAAAUAUACAAAUAUUGCAUAUUAAUUUUGGAUUAUCUAUAUAAUACUAUGCUGUGAUAUCUAUCCCGAGUUCAAUGCUUUGGUAGUGAAAGCAACUAGGUUAUAUUGCAUUCUGUACUACGAGUUGAUGGAUUCUUAUAAAUUUUGUCUUUUUUUUUUCAAGAAGGAAACCAAGCUUGUGUGGGCAAAGUGUUGUGAUGUUUUAUCAGGAUUCAGAGAAUCCAGAUCAGUAUGUCGUUGCAUCAGAUAAAUAUUUUCCUUUCUACUUAAAAGACUAGCAUUCCAUUUUCAAAUAAAAGUUCCUUUUACACUCUU